AUGUUCGGUCUACGCGAGUUGUUCAAGUCCCUCUCCGUCUCCCGCACCAUCCAUGUCCCUCACCUGCCCAUCCCUCGUGUCCUCCACCCUUUCGCCUCGUUCCGUCAGCCACCCAGGGACGACACCGAGACUGCCAACCACACGCGGAUGCGGGCCAUCCGUGCAGAGGGUGGUAUUGUCAAGGAUCUCGAGGAGUCACGGAAGGCGUUCAAGAAGGUCGUGUGUGGUCGUGAGACGGUGAAGGCAGCUGGGGGAGAGUAUGGGAAGGGCAAUGCUGUGUCCACUGGCAGCGCCGCCCCUCCAGCGUACAGGCCGCACCGGGUUCCUCACCGGACUAUCGCUCAGCAGUCUCCUUCGCUCUCGAUUUCUCAGGCGAUGGCCCAACUUCGGAUUCGGCGACAGGAUGGGUUCACGGCGUCGUCGAAGCUCCAGACUGGUUUAAAGAAAGGACAGGGCCCGAUGGAGGAUAUCAUGCCUGCUCCUCUCGAGGAGGCCAUGGAGGAGAUUUUGCCUGCUCCUCUCGAGGAGUGUAUGGAGGAUAUCGUUGUGGCCCCGCUGGAGGAUGCUAUGGAGGACGUGAUCCCCGCUCCGCUCGAGGAGCAGAUGGAGGAGGUUCUGCCCGCUCCCCUUGUCUAUGCGCACCCUAUGACCCACUUUUACUGGACUCUGGUCAACCAGCCGGCGGUCCCCCCGCAGACGCCUCGUAUGAACAGGACUCGGGAUCGCGAGGCGUUCACUCCGGCAUCGCCUCUGGCUGCGAAGAGUCGGUAUUCGCUCUCGCAAAUCGCCGUGCUUCCUCUGACGCCAUUCCCCAAUACGCCGGUCAAGUCUCGGCGUCGGAGACGACUGAUGUCCGCUGGUAGCCCCUACUGA